AUGCUGCAGUCCCUGGCCGGCAGCUCGUGCGUGCGCCUGGUGGAGCGGCACCGCUCGGCCUGGUGCUUCGGCUUCCUGGUGCUGGGCUACCUGCUCUACCUGGUGUUCGGCGCCGUGGUCUUCUCGUCCGUGGAGCUGCCCUAUGAGGACCUGCUGCGCCAGGAACUGCGCAAACUGAAGCGGCGCUUCCUGGAGGAGCACGAGUGCCUGUCGGAGCCGCAGCUGGAGCAGUUCCUGGGCCGCGUGCUGGAGGCCAGCAAUUAUGGAGUGUCGGUGCUCAGCAACGCCUCGGGGAAUUGGAACUGGGACUUCACCUCGGCGCUCUUCUUCGCCAGCACAGUGCUCUCCACCACAGGCUAUGGCCACACGGUGCCCUUGUCAGAUGGGGGCAAGGCCUUCUGCAUCAUCUACUCUGUCAUCGGCAUCCCAUUCACCCUCCUCUUCCUGACAGCCGUGGUCCAGCGUGUCACUGUGCAUGUCACCCGCAGACCGGUCCUCUACUUCCACAUACGCUGGGGCUUCUCCAAGCAGGUGGUGGCCAUUGUCCACGCUGUUCUGCUGGGAUUCGUCACCGUGUCCUGCUUUUUCUUCAUCCCAGCUGCUGUGUUCUCUGUGCUAGAAGAUGACUGGAACUUCCUGGAAUCUUUUUAUUUCUGUUUCAUCUCCCUGAGCACCAUUGGUCUGGGGGACUACGUUCCAGGGGAAGGCUACAACCAGAAGUUCCGGGAGCUCUACAAGAUCGGGAUCACGUGUUACCUGCUCCUCGGACUCAUCGCCAUGUUGGUCGUCCUGGAGACCUUCUGUGAACUCCACGAGCUGAAGAAAUUCAGGAAAAUGUUCUACGUGAAGAAAGACAAGGAUGAAGACCAAGUUCACAUCAUGGAGCACGACCAGCUGUCCUUCUCCUCCAUCACUGAGCAGGUGGCCGGCCUGAAGGAGGAGCAGAAGCAAAACGAGCCUUUUGUGGCCUCCCCGUCAACUCCCUAUGAGGAUGGCUCUGCAAACCACUGA